GGGAGGAGGUGGCGAGGAGGCGGCGCCUGUGUCGGCGCUGGAGGUUGUGUCCUUCCUGGGGAAGCUGCUGUGCGCAGUCGCGGCGCUGAAGGCGGCUCUGUACCUGCUCCGCAGAGUGUGCCUAGCGAUGGCCUGGAAGUCGGGCGGCGCCAGCCACUCCGAGCUCAUCCACAACCUCCGCAAAAAUGGAAUAAUCAAAACAGACAAGGUAUUUGAAGUAAUGCUUGCUACAGACCGUUGCCACUAUGCAAAAUACAACCCUUACAUGGACUCUCCACAGUCUAUAGGUUUCCAAGCAACAAUCAGUGCUCCACAUAUGCAUGCAUAUGCGCUUGAACUUCUGUCUGAUCAGUUACAUGAAGGAGCCAAAGCACUUGAUGUAGGAUCUGGAAGUGGAAUUCUUACAGCAUGCUUUUCGCGAAUGGUUGGUCCCAAAGGACAAGUUGUAGGAAUUGAUCAUAUCAAAGAACUAGUAGAUGACUCAAUAAAUAAUGUCAAAAAAGACGAUCCCACAUUGCUGUCUUCAGGAAGAGUGAAACUGAUUGUGGGAGAUGGACGAAUGGGAUAUGCAGAAGAAGCUCCCUAUGAUGCGAUUCAUGUUGGAGCUGCAGCCCCAGUUGUGCCCCAAGCACUUAUAGACCAGUUAAAACCUGGCGGAAGAUUGAUAUUACCAGUUGGCCCUGCUGGGGGAAACCAGAUGCUCGAACAGUAUGACAAACUAGAAGAUGGCAGUGUCAAAAUGAAGCCUCUGAUGGGAGUGAUAUAUGUGCCUUUAACAGAUAAAGAGAAGCAGUGGUCCAGGUGGAAGUGAUUUUCUGUUCCACUUACUUCUUCCACACACUUGCAAGGGAUGAAUUGUAAAAGCUACAUCAUCUUGACCCAAACAUAGUGUUACAGUGGACUGCUCAUCUCCAGUUCUAAAAGCUUUUUGAAAACCAACAGCAUUGCAGCUUGUUUGGACUUUGUUAUACUGUUGUUAUCAGCAUGGAAAAGCGUGGUGUUUGUUUUAUUUUUUUAGAUGCUCAAGGCAAACCUGAUAAAGAAAUGGUGGAAAGUUUUAUGUGGGCACUGUUUUAUUUAACAUGCCUUUAUUUCACUUUCAUCUGUUCAAAGUGAAUUUCUGCAAAAUUGCAGAUAAAGACCUACAGCUUGUGAACUCUAAUUUUGAUGGAGGAACUUGAACACUCACUUCUCUCAGCUCCUGUGUCCCUUGGUAAAACUGCUUCUGUGCACCUUACGACACUGCAUAGGUAAUACCAGGUUUUCUGUGUUCCAACGUCUGCUAGAUGCUACUAAAAGGAGAUGAACUUCCUUUCUAAGCUUUUGACAUGGUGUCAUAGACUAGCAUGUAGUAGAUACAAUCAGCAGCUUUUUUUACCUUAAAACCAGGCAUUUGUAUAUAUUAAAUUUCAAGACAUCAGAGGUAGGUGGCUGCUCUUAUCAAACAUUGCUGUUUAAGCUGGACAUAACAGACAUGGUUUUCCCUUCUAAAAUUGAUUGAUGUAAUCUUGAAAUUCUGUUGUGGUUUAUAGCUCAGUGCUGGUGUGAUACACAUGGAUCUAACUCCAUGAAUGUGAGGUGAGGUGUGUUCCAAUCACUGAAUAAUUUCUGCAAUGCUGCUUUGCCAAAUAAAGUUAAAAGCAAAAGUGGGGGUUUGUGCAUGUGUGGAAGAUUAGGAUCGGUAGGUAGUCUGAGAUAUGGACUGGUAGGUUCUUUAUUAAAAACCAAAACCCCCUUUGGUCCUAAAAGAAAGUUGCUUUUGGCAAAGCCAUUUGCUGUAUUAACAUUUUUAUUUUUAUAACUGUGGGCACCCAGGAAAAAUUCUGGCUUUUUAGAAAGUGAAUUCUGAAUUGCUAUAGAAGGAACACAUCAUACUUGCAGAAAGAAUCCUGGACUCCUAAGUACAGAUAGAUGCACUUGUUCAGUUUUCAUAUAGAAUAGUUGGAAGGCUACAAGCCUUUUUUUCUGCCCUAAGUUUUCUCUUUUGGUACUGUACAAUGUUAACAGCAAAUUGUGAAGCAGUACAGUAAGGUGGGCUGCUUUGGGAAAGGGGGUGAAGUGUGUCUUCAGUCAUCUUGCUCAAAUUUGAGCAACCAGGAA